GCGCUCCCAUGUACGCCUUCUAUUCGCUGCUCAUCUACAUCUUCUACAGCCUCUUCCGCAGGGAUGGCAGGGCGGCAGCAGCCGCAGACCCCGGGGACCCCGCCCAGAGAGCCCGCUGCAAGUCCAGGGGUCGCCGUCGCCCCGACCAGCCCACGCCAGAACUGUGGACCGAGCUGACUGGCCUGGCCGGCUGCUCCGAGCCUGACGAUGUGCCAGAAGGGGGAGCCGAGGGCCGCCCAGCCGAGGUGUCGCUGGAAGAGGCUCUCAUGCGUCUUGCUGAGUUCCUCUCCGUCCAGCUGGGGGCGGAAGAGAGCUUCGGGAAUCCUCCCGACCUGGGCAAGUCCGGUGAGGUCCCCCCACUGUUGACAGUGACCAGUCAGCUCUUGGCCCUUCUGGCAUGGAUCCGAAGCCCCAGGGGGAGGCAGGCUCUGCUCCAGGGGACUCAGCCAGCCUCUCGUGUGCAGCCUCCCACUCUAGAUGGAUCUGUAUCCCAAGAAGAAAACCCUUCCCAUCUCAUCGCAAUCCCAGGGGAGGCACCAGAGGAUGAGGGCCAUGGGCAGGAGCCUCUCCAAUUGGAGGAGGACCAGAGGGCUUGGCAGCGGCUGGAGCAGCUCAUCGUGGGACAGAUGGAAGAGGUGAAGCAACAGCUGGAACAGCAGGAGGAGGAGCUGGGCAGACUUCGCCUGGGAGUGGGGGCAACAGACUCCGAGAAAAGGGUUCAGCAUCUAACUCUGGAGAAUGAGGCCCUGAAGCAGAGUUUGAGCCUCACAAGGGACCUCCUGCUGCACUGGGGCCCCAGUCCCCCCACCAGGGCCCCACAGGAGGAGGAGGAGGCACUGGUGGAGCUCCAGGGCCGGCUUCAGGAGGCCCAGGACACCACAGAAGCCCUCCGAGUCCAGCUGGGGAUACAGGAGGCCCAGCUGCAGGGCCUUCAGGGGGCCCUUCAGCAGCUCCAGCAGGAGACAGAACAGAAUUGUAGGCGGGAGCUGCAGCAGAUGCAUGGGCAAUUGGCAGGACUUCGGGCACGGAUGGCCAGCCUGCGUCAGGGCUGCGGGGACCUCCGAGGAUUGGUCAGCACCUUUACCCAGAGCUGUCAGGGGUCGCUGAGUGAGGCCCGGGGCCAGGUAUCCUGGGCCUUGGGGGCGUUGUCAGCUGGAGGGGCUGGCACUCAGUUCCCUGAGGGACAGCAGGGGCCCCCAGCCGGAUGCCCGGGGCGGCUGCCGGAGCUCAAGGGAAAUAUCCGUGUGCUAUGUCGGCCAAGGCCAGAGACACCCUCCAGCCUGGUGAGCGUGGAGCCUGGCCCAGGAGGUACCGUAACCACCUGCUAUCGAGGGCGGCAUCGUCGCUUCCGCCUGGACUGGGUCUUCCCUCCAGAUGCCAGCCAGGAGGAGGUCUUCAGGGAGCUGGAGCCUGCUGUGCUAUCCUGCCUCCGUGGCUACAGUGUCUGCAUCUUCACCUAUGGUCAGACGGGGACCGGGAAGACCUACAGCAUGGAGGGCCCACCUGAGGACCCCGGCAUAGCUCCGAGGGCGCUGCAGUCGCUGUUUCGGGAGAUGGGGGCUGGAGGGCAGCACCGUGUGACACUCAGCAUGGUGGAGAUAUACAAUGAGGCUGUCAGGGACCUCCUUGCCCCAGGGCCUCCAGAGCGCUUGGCUGUGAGGCAGGGCCCAGAAGGCCAGGGGAGCAUCCAGGUAGCUGGCCUCACCCACUGGGACGUGCCCAACCUGGAGACAUUGCACCAGAUGCUGAGGCUGGGGAGGAGCAACCGGGCCACCGCUGCGACCGCCAUGAACCAGCACAGCUCCCGAUCGCACGCCUUGGUCACGUUGACUCUGCGCGCGGCGUCUCCACCUCGCGCUCCGGGCACCACAGGCACGCUGCACUUGGUGGACCUGGCGGGAUCCGAGCGCGCACGGAAGGCGGGGGCGGCCGGCCCGCCGAGGGGAGACCCAGACGGCGCCCGGCGCCUGCGGGAGGCUCAGACUAUCAACCGUUCGCUGCUGGCGCUAGGAGGCGUGAUGGCUGCGCUGCGAGCUCACCGGCCGCACGUGCCCUUCCGCGACUCGCAGCUCACGCGGCUGCUGCAGCCGGCGCUCGGCCCCGGCACCACCGCGGUGCUGCUGCUGCAGAUCUCCACGCGACCGGAGGAUCUCGGCGAGACUGUCUGCUCACUCAAGUUCGCCGAACGAGUGGGCCAAGUGGAGCUGGGGCCAGCCCGGCGCCGCAGGGUCCCGCGCUCCUCUGGAACACCCUCCUCCCUGAGUACCGACACCCCGCUCACCGGGACGCCCUGCACCCCUACGCCCUCCCCUGGCAGCCCUCCAAGCCCCAGCCCGGACAGCGGCUCCGUCUCCGCUUUCGCGUCCGCAGAGGGCCUGCCCCUAUAGUCCUGUGUCCUGGUCCUGCCCGAGGGGUUUGAGGAUGCACCUCUGCUGGCAGAGGCAGCAGUAAAGCCCCUAUACCCCGUUUCCCAGGGCACAACCUCCUUGACCUCUGGGGGCCCAUUGACCCCCCCCCCCACAGCUCCCAGAGUUGUCCCUCCACCUCCCCAGCUCGCAGAGUGUUAUGCCUGGAGAAAUGAUCCCCUCCCACUAGGCCACAGGCUCUCACUCCCGUCCUUAUCAGCAUUCGCUGUUAUCACCGCACACAGCAGGGAAUCUCAGAGCCAGGGAGCCAGACCCCAGUCAAGUGGUUACCCAAGUCACCACCCUGACCCAAAAAUCAGGCAUGGCAUUAAAAUGUUGUAAAUUCCUUUAGUGUUAUCUUCCCCACCACCAAGACCAUGUAGGGUCGUCUUUACUCCCUAAUACUUUUCCCUGAAAAGGUGCUACCCCUUUCCUAGACAGAUGAGAGGGCAGGACUUCAGGCUAGAUCCACCAUUAGGUUCACCCUCCCCCAGCCAGGAGGAGGGAGGGAAGGUGACAGAGGGUGGGUGAUGGAUGGAUUGGGGGGGGGGCUGAGAAGAGGGGACCAGUAAGGGCUAUUCCAGGCUCAGCCCUGCUCCUCCAGCCUUGCCUCUGGGUGUAGGGGUGACAGAGGCAUGACUGACUAAGGUCGGGGUCAUGCCCAGCUGGGCUACAAGCGCUUGUGGAGUAGUCCAAUAAACAUAAUGGACUCCCA